ACCCGGAAGUCGGCCUCGCAGUCUGGUUUCAGUGCGGCUCCGGGAGGGCGGGACCCUGUGAGGGCUGCGAUCCCACCGUGGGUAGGGAGAGAGCGCUGCAGAGGGACCCGCGCCCUUGCCCCGCCCCGAUAGGGAAGCGAGUUUGGCCAGCCCGCGGGUGAAGGCGCGGCUCACGUCCCGAAGGGAGGGGCGGGAUGGACGGGCUCCUAACUCCCAGGGAGUCCGCAAAAUUCAUUGCAGAGAAUAGCCGGGACGUGUUCAUUGACGGCGGAGGAGUGCGGAGGGUGGCCGAGCUGCUGCUCGCCAAGGCCUCGGGGCCCGAGCUGCACCUGGGGGGCUGGAAGGCCCUUCACGAGCUGAAUCCCCGGGCGGCCGACGAGGCCGCGGUCAACUGGGUAUUCGUGACAGACACGCUCAACUUCUCCUUCUGGUCGGAGCACGACGAGCACAAAUGUCUGGUGGGGUACCGGGGGAAGACGUACAGCGGGUACUGGUCCCUGUGCGCCGCGCUCAACAGAGCCCUCGACGAAGGGAUACCUAUAACCAGUGCUUCCUACUAUGCCACCGUGACCCUGGAUCAGGUUCAGCAUAUAUUCCGUUCUGACACGGACGUUCCCAUGCCUUUGAUCGAGGAGAGGCAUCGGAUUCUUAAUGAAACCGGGAAGAUUCUGCUUGAGAAGUUCGAAGGCUCUUUUCUUAAUUGCGUCCGAAAAAGUGAAAAAAGUGCACAGAAGUUAAUGCACCUGGUAGUUGAAAGCUUUCCUUCUUACAGAGAUGUGACACAGUUUGAGGGGGAAAGAGUUUCUUUCUACAAACGGGCCCAAAUCCUCGUGGCAGAUACGUGGAGUGUGUUAGAGGGGAAAGGAGACGGCUGCUUUGACGACAUCUCCAGUAUCACCAUGUUUGCCGACUAUAGAUUACCUCAGGUUCUUGUUCACCUGGGAGCCCUGAAAUACUCCAAGGAACUACUGGAAAAGCUUCUCAAAGGAGAAAUGCUCUCAUACGGGGAUAGGCAAGAGGUGGAAAUCAGAGGGUGCUCACUUUGGUGUGUUGAACUGAUCCGGGAUUGCCUUCUGGAGCUUAUUGAAAAAAAGGGUGAAAAAACUAGCGGAGAGAUCAAUUCCGUUCUUCUGGAUUAUUACUUGUGGGACUACGCCCGUGACCACAGGGAAGAUAUGAAGGGAAUUCCCUUUCAUCACACGCGCUGCAUAUAUUAUUGAUCCAAAGUGUAAACGGAUCCGAAGAAGACUUGCAUUUUUGUAUCACAUAAUCAUUUGUACAGUUUUGCCUUGAUAGUAAGAGAAUGCAGUAGACGUUACAGCAACAGGAAACGUGAUUACCCAGUCUCAUUUAAAAAAUGUUUCCCGACUUAC